CCGGAUAAUAGUAUUGCCAAAACGACGACAAGGUUUUGACGAGCGAAAGAAACAGAGAGGCUAGCAAAGCGAGCCCCACAAGUUGGUUUGGCAUCUUCCUGUUUUGGGACUCGAUCGAACCUGCAACCCCUCUUCCUCUCCUGCCCUCUCAGCUCUACCCCCGCCCCCGCCAGCCAGCCCAGUCUAUGAAUAUUGAGCUCUGCUCGGCUUUCCAGAUCCAUCUGAGUUUGAAUGGGCUGAAGGAGAUGAGGUUUAGGGUGUGAAGAUAGUUUAACUUUGUUUCUAAUCUUGGGAGAACCCCAUAAAGCUCAUAUAUUGAGUGAUUCAAGUCUGGUUCUUUGGGAUUCAAGUCUUCGUAUGGCAGUUGCCAAGAGCAACAAGAACACUGAAUCAUCAUCAUCAUCUUGUCCAAGCAAUUGCUAUAAAGUUGCCAAUUUGGAUGAAACAAUAUUGGGGGCAAACCAAAACGCUGACCUUAAAGACAGGUAUGUUCUUGGAGGGCAAUUAGGUUGGGGGCAGUUUGGCGUCAUCAGACUCUGUUCUGACAAAUUCACUGGAGAAGUGUUAGCUUGCAAGUCAAUAGCUAAGAGUAGAUUGGUCUCUCAAGAAGAUGUGCGAAGUAUUAAGCUUGAAAUUGAGAUAAUGAGUAUGGUUUAUGGGCAUCCUAAUGUUGUGGAUCUAAGGGCAGUGUAUGAGGAGGAAGAUUUCGUCCAUAUAGUGAUGGAGUUGUGUUCUGGGGGAGAGCUUUUUCACCAGUUAGAGAAGCAUGGGAAAUUUUCUGAGGGAGAGGCCAGGGCUGUCUUUCGUCACCUAAUGCAAGCUGUCAUGUACUGUCAUAAUAAAGGCAUUGUUCACAGAGACUUGAAGCCCGAAAACAUUCUUUUAGCUACAAGAGCGUCUUCUUCUCCCAUUAAAUUAGCUGAUUUUGGUCUUGCAACGUUUAUCAAACCAGGAGAGAGUUUGCGUGGUACUGUUGGCAGUCCGUUCUAUAUAGCCCCCGAGGUAUUGAAGGGAGGUUAUAAUGAAGCCGCAGAUAUAUGGAGUGCCGGUGUUAUUCUUUACAUUCUCCUUAGCGGGAUACCACCAUUUUGGGGGAAGACUAAAUCUAAGAUAUUUGAUGCUGUUAGGGCCGCUGAUCUACGGUUCCCUUCUGAUCCUUGGGAUUCCAUUUCUUGUUCAGCAAAAGAGUUGAUCAAGGGAAUGCUUUGCACUGAUCCAUGCCACAGGCUUACAGCUCAACAAAUUCUUGGCCAUUCAUGGGUAAGUGACACGUUGGGACUUUUGCAAGAGCCAAAUGCACAUGAUGAAAGAAAUAUGGCACGUUCAGAUGGUGAAGGCUUAUUCUCUUCCUCAUUCAUGGAUAGGGAUAUUAGCUUUGGGACAGGGUCAGCUAUAGUAUGUGAUGCCCCGUUCACAUGCCGCUCAUCAUUUUCUUCUUUCCUGUCCACAACAUCAACUCCUCCUCCUCACUUUGAGUCGGGUGGUGGGUUUUCUUUUCAAAGCACCACAGAAUUUUCUACUCCCCUUUCCUCCAUCCCAAGCUUUGCAUUCUCCAGUCCAACUUGUAAUGUUGAACAAGGUGCUGGCUCUAAGCUGGAUCUCUUGGCAAACCCAUCCAAGCAAGAUUCACUUCACAAAGAGGCAGACGGUACAGGAAAGUUGUUUAUGAUGGACGACGCUCCCUUAUGCUGUGGGCAUGUGGCGGGAAGAUCAGAGUGCAAAGCAUUUGAGGCUGAAAGAGGUGAAGGAUCAAACAUGUCAAGAACGUCAGGUAUACACAGCAGUAGGAGGAACCAUACAAUAGGACUCGGUGAACUUGACUUCAUGGUGUCUGAAUCGGUUAUCCGUUGGGCAUCGUGCACCUGUCUUCCAACCAACACUUCGCUUAGGUCUUCACUUGUCUGUUGAAAGUUGAAGAUUUGGGUGUGGCCCCUGCUGAACAGGCCAGCGCCUCUCUUACUGGAAGACAAUGAGAAGACCUCUUAGUAUGUUCGAGUUUGUAUGUUUUUGACACAGCGAGAUUCUAUAUUGGUAUCUGGGAUUGAGUGGUUUUACUUAAUUACUUUUCACACCAGAUGCCACGUGCAAUUAGGCUUUGCACCUUUGACUUUCCGGUGUUUUAUUAGGUAUUAGUAGCAAUCCCGAACUGUUUUGGAAGAGAAAUGAAACUCUAAUCAGUGGUGUAUGUAUAAACUUUUGCCUGUUUCUUACUUAUGUUUGUGUCCCAGCUAUGGCAUCCAUGUUAUAUCGUUACUGAAGUUGGUGAAUGUAUUUAUUUAAGUAUACGUACAUGGUACACUUCAUAUACAUUGGAUUCCUUUGGCAAAUUGUGUAAUUAAAAAUGACUUGAUGUA